UUUUUUUUUUUUUUUUUUUUGCCAUUUCCGAGUCUAGUUGAUACUUAGACGAAGCUGCUUUCAGUGGUACAAGGGCCCCUCUCUCUCCUCCCACCCUCUCCUCCCACCCUGCUCUCCUCUUAGAGUCCUUCGCACGACUUGCAGACCUACCAACGUGGUCAGCGGCCGGGGAUUCAAACAGUGGCGGAUACCAUGACAACGGUCAGCAAAAGAUCAUUAAUGGCGACCAAGUUCGUUUGCAUGUUGCAGUGAUGACUUUAGAAGAAGUUCUAAUCACUUUACAAAUCUAGAAUGUAACAAGAGCUCAGGAAACUGGAAUUUUAGCUGUCAAUAGCUUUCCGUGUCUUCAAUAUGGUGGAAAAAUCCAAACCCGCGGCUAACGCGGAGAAACAGGAGACUCUUGCUAAACGACCAGGUAUAUUGAAGAAGAAGUCAAGUCCAUCACUGGAACCUGUCCCUGAGUUUGCAGAGUCCCAUGAGAUUCAAAGAGCAGAUUCUAACUUAGAAAUUGUUGAAAGUGAGAGAACUUCAACACCACAUGAAGAACAACAGAAAUUCAAGACACUCUGUGAAGGAGUGCAGAAUUGUCUGGCUUUGUUUCAAACUUCACUUUCUGAGUUGUUGACUAUAAAAGAUGAGCUUCUGAAGCAUGCUUUACCACCAAGUUUGCUUUUGAAAAUUGCGCUGGUCACUGGAAAGUUAUUUAGAAGUUCAUCAGAUCUCAGCGUUCCUAUCACUGAACUGGUGCGGAUGGUAAAGUUAUACUCCACACCUUGGGAGACAAAGAGUGCUGCACUGAAAAAACUUCAUGAAGAUUACGAAAACAAACAAAGACAAUUGAAUGUUGCCUUACAGAAGCUUGUUCUUGUUGGAAUUCAGAGUGAAAGGUUAGCUCAAGAGAGAAAAGUGCUGAACUGGGAGAAGCUUUUCUCUAAGAUGAUGACAUCAAAGGCGCAUGGGUACCGCUGGAAAUUUCUUAUUGAAUCUUUCAAAGAGAAAGUGAAAACAGGAGAAGUUUAUGUGGCCGGCACAAGCACAGAUGAAGAGGCUGAACGGGAAAAACAGAAGAGUGAGCGAGAACUGGAAUCCAUAAGAAGAAGGAGUAUGCACAGAGACACGGCCGCUAAGAGAAUCAUGAGAGAGUCACUUGGUGGAACAAGCACAGAGAAACCGCCUUCGUCGUUUCAAGACAAGGAUAUGGGCGUUAUUUCAGAAGAUGACCACGUGAGUGAUACCGAGUUGGGGAGCAUCGCACAGAGAAGUCCAAGCCCUGAACGACGAAGUCAACGAACCAGCUCCACUAGGAUUACCUUCACGCCUGAUAAGACGGAGUUGAAACCAGGACGAUCACUGGUGGGAGAAAAGGGAGAGUCCAAGAAAGCUUCUAAGCCGCGUAUAAAGUUUUUUGGCGCAUCUGACGACGAGGACUCCGAAGAGGAACUUCAAGAUGAAAAUCAGUCCGCUUUGAGGUUUGCCGACAAACCGCUGAAAUCCAAGCCCAAAGCAAAGUUUGCAGACACUGGCCGACCUAAGCGUGCUGGUGUAAGGUUUUUCCAGUCGGACGAAGAAGGAGAUGAAGAAGAUGGCGAAGAACCUGAAACUGUCAUAACAGUCCCUCCAGUAGAGAAAGUCGACAAAGAAUGCUGGACACAUGAGCCGGAGUUUGAUAAAUAUCUGCACUUGAGGAUUUACAAACCCGAGUGUAAGAAAGCCGAGACUCCAUUCUGUAGUGUAGCAUUCAAUGGACAGCUUCUCAAGACAGACAUCUUCGAGGAAGAAGAAGAAGAAGACGACGACGAAACAACAAAGGAGAUUGUACCAGAGUCAGUAUCCCCAACGCCUACAGCGAAGAUUGAUUCAAAGAAGGCUGAACAUACAAAGAAUGAGAAGCAGAAGAUAGGCGGGAAAGCGAGCACCACCAACGUCACCGGCAAAAAGAGCGGGAAAAUGAGCGUAUCACGUGGUGUAGGCAACCGAGCCUCGUCUCCGUCUCCAUCAAAACGACCAGCAUCUGCAGUCGAGGAAAAGGAGACAAAACCUGCCGUAUUCAAAGAACUGAUGUUUAAACUCCCUGAAGAUAAUGGUCAUGUUCUCGGGAAGCCCAGAGAAGACAUUACCCAACAGCCCCUUCGAUUUGCGAUACACCCGGGAAAGGAUCGUCCAAUGAUAGCCAUGGCAACUGCAAAUUAUGAAGAUCUGAAGAUCAUGGAUCAGUUCGAAGGUCGCUGGUCUCACACAGACAGCAGUGUGGCGCCUCAGCUGUUCCUGCUCACAUCUGUGGUGUCUGAUCGUGACAUGCCGUUUAACACCACGUGCGGACAGUUGUCUGUUGUCUGCUAUUUGUCCAAGGUCGAAAGAUUAAUGAAAGUUGGCAAAUCAACGGAGACAAUUCCAUUUGAUGAUCUGGUGAAUGCAGCAAUAGAGUCUCGGAAAGAGGAAGAAGCUGGGGACACCACCGUGAAAGAGGAAAUAACGGAGCCUCCAGAGGCCAUGUACACUGAAGGGGAUGUAAAAGCCUUGAAAGAACAACACGCCGAGGAAAUACAACUGCUUCAAGAAGAAUAUGAGAAAAGGCUGAAUGAGCUUGCUCAAGGAUUGGGUCCGUACUCACCUGACUUAGAAUCUCCUCAAAACUAUACUGACGCUGCCACGUCACCAAUGUUUUUCAGAUCUCCUUCCCCGAUAAGAUCAUCGUCACCCGAACAAGGAAAAGCACCGAGACCACCUUCAGAAGCUAGACCUCAGUCCCAGCCUCGGAAACCAAGAACCCGGAUACCUAACUUACCAGAAUGGGGAAAAGAUCUGCCUGAAGAUUUUCUUGUUCGUCUUCAUUUGUUCAAUGAAAACAGCAGCAAGUAUCGUCAGGAACUCGGCGACAAAACACGCAGAGCAAUCCAAGAACGGUAUGAGCUUCAAAUGGCCGUGCAAAACAGACUGGCUCAAGCAGAGGAGGUGCCAGAAGAAGACGCAGAUGUCUGUCUGCCGGCCGUGUUCAUGCCAACGCGCACAGGUCAUGUGUACUCGCCCAAGGCUCACUCGUACUUUCACCCACCAGGUUCAUCUGAAGGCCGACUCACUCAACCUCCUUCGAUAUUUAAGCUGCCAGCUGUGACACCAGAAGCCCAAGUAUCUGUUCUUAACCUAUUUGAGAUGAGUAAAAGAUACAACCAAGCAGGAACCCCGUGGUUUGCCAACGAUCAAGCAAGACCUCAUACAAUUGCCAAUCCUGAGCAGUCACAAACAUCCCCACCCCCACCCACUGCGUGUGACAUGUGGUCUCCACCUCCUUACCCAGGCAGAGCACGAACGAGAUAGCGUAAAAGAAAAUUGGUCAUGUAAUGUCGUGCAAUGUCAUGAUGUAGUUGUAGUUAUUUUGUUUUAUUUUUUUUUUUUUUCAUUUACCUUUAGAAAGGCCAAAUUAAGGUGGCUCAAAACA